AACGUUCUCCACGCCAAAAAUGGGAAAACAUUUAAAAUUUGAAAUUAAAAUAACAACAAUAGUUAGUAAAUUAACUAUUUUCAAGGAGCAGAUUAAUUUACAAUAUUUCAUGGUUUACAAAGAAAGCUAAGCUAGACAAUUGAAGCAACUAUUGCAUUACGUGUUUGAUUUUCUCUAUUCCUGGAUUAUCGUCGAAUAUCCCUCAAUUCAAAAUCAAGAGAAGCAGUUUUAUUACUCCUGAAUUCGUGGAAGUUUUUCAAAUAUAUGGCAUCUGGGGUCUUUACUUAGAGAUAGUGGCUCCGGACGAUGGAGACCAUUACUUGCCAUGCCACGCGCCACUGUUAUAUUGUAGACUUUAGAGGGGUAAACGGCUUGAGUACACGGAAAUCCAAGAUCCCCAUACUAAGGGGGAAGAGGUUCCUUUGUUUUUUACUUGAAUCAGGGUCUGCGUCUUCAAGAUAUUCUCGUGUAGAUAGUCUAAGGUUGAAGAGACUCCAUCAACAUCGAAGUUCAGGGAGUGUUUACUCUCGCGAAAAGUAUGAACGUGUUGGUUCAAGUGUUGUAACUGAAACUUCUAACUCUUAUGUACUUGAUGUUGAAGAGGGUGGGAGCAGUGUGACUGAUAGUGUUCAGUCAAUCCCCAAGGUAUCGAUUCCUAGUUUGCCAGAAAAAGAAAAUGGUGAUGGUGUUAUCAGCAGCCAUUUCUGGGAAUGGAAGCCAAAAUUAAUUGUUCAUUAUGAAACAUCAGGAUCUGAGAAUACUGAUUCCCCACCAGUUCUCUUUCUUCCUGGAUUUGGUGUGGGGUCGUUUCAUUAUGAGAAACAACUCAAAGAUCUUGGUCGUGAUUAUAGAGCAUGGGCUUUAGAUUUCCUUGGCCAGGGCAUGUCAUUACCUGUUGAAGAUCCAACUUUGCAAUCUCAAGAUGGAGAUAAGGGCUCGUUAGAUGGAGAAGCAAAUGUUUGGGGAUUUGGAGAUGAAAGUAAGACUUGGGCCAAAGAACUUGUCUUUUCAGUCGACUUGUGGAGGGAUCAAGUACGCUGCUUUAUAGAAGAGGUGAUUCAAGAACCUGUUUAUCUAGUGGGAAAUUCUCUUGGAGGGUUUGUGGCUCUGUAUUUUGCAGCACGCCACCCUGAGUUGAUAAAAGGUGUAACUUUGCUCAAUGCAACUCCUUUUUGGGGAUUUCUCCCUAAUCGUGAAAGAUCUCCAAGAUUAUCGCGAUUCUUUCCCUGGGCAGGAACAUUCCCACUCCCUUCUAGGCUCAGGAAGUUUAUAGAAAUACUAUGGCAGAAAAUAAGUGAUCCAAGGAGUGUGACCGAGAUAUUGAAGCAAGUUUACUCUGAUCAUACAACCGAUGUUGAUGAAGUGUAUUCUCGUAUCAUUGAGACAACACAACAUCCAGCAGCCGCUGCAUCUUUUGCUUCCAUUAUAUUUGCUCCUCAGGGACAAUUGACCUUCGAGGAAACUUUAGAUAGGUGCCGGAUGAACAACACACCCAUCUGUCUCAUGUAUGGGAAGGACGACCCUUGGGUGAGGCCCAUCUGGGGUUUGCAGGUGAAACGCCGAGUUCCAGAUGCUCCGUAUUACGAGAUAAGCCCGGCCGGUCACUGCCCCCAUGACGAGGUUCCUGAGGUUGUGAACUUUCUCCUGCGGGGUUGGAUCCAGAACCUGGAGUCAGGCGGUUCAGUCGUGCUGCCUUUGCUCGAAGGCGAAGGCAGCGAACAUUUUGUCCGCAAGGACUUGGAAUUUACGAGAAAAGGUUCCGAAAGAAUGGUGAGGGUGCAAUUCUACGGCUCCAAGUUCUCUGUCUGGAAUUGGUUGAAUUCUCAGCUCAAAGCUCUCUUCAUCUGAUACAGGUAGAAGAUAAUGCCCUUUUGUAUAUCCUGUAUAUUCAUGGUUUUUGGUUAUUAGUCUGUCUACCGAAGAUCUUCUCAAAGCACUAUGUAGAAAUUGUUGUGAAUUUUAGUCACAAAACUAGUCUUCUGUAUGUAUCCAAUUAUUAAAAUUAAUUACUGCUUUUUG